AUGUUCUUCUUCUUAUUCGGCAUCUUAUCUCUCAGCUGGGGCAAGUGCGAAAUCUGCAAGCUCGUCGCUGACACAAUCUCCCAGUCUCUCGCCCAAGGCAUCGAUGAAUCUCAAAUCAAGCAGAAAGUUCAGGAAAAGUGCAAGGUUUUAGCCUUCUUAUCUGAUAUCUGCGAGAUGAUCGUUGACUCAUACUACAGCAAGCUCAUGACAUUCCUCCGCGGCGGCCAGUCAUCAACAGCUGCUUGCAAGGCUAUCGGCGCAUGCGGCAUCAACGCUCAGGAAUCCAACGGUCUCAAACGCCGUGUUGUCAAUGGCAUCGUUGCUCCACACUUCCCACACAAGCUCCGCAAGCUUCACAAGGUCCCACGCCAUUUCCAUAAGGCUCAGCGCCUUGUUAAGCCAGCUACACGCUAUGCCCACCGCUUCUACCCAAAGGUCCAUGAGACAAACGGCGCUCCACAGUUCCAGACAGAGACAUCCCCAACAUGGUCACAGUCCUGGGAAGAGCAAAUCUAA